CCGGAAGUGGGUGGUGUAGUCCCCCCGUCACCCCAACUGGUCACACCACCACCGACGUAGCCGACUGCCUGCUGGGAUGUAGCUCGCCACCGGGGAACCAAAGAGAUUCUGAGACUCACAACCUCGGCGAGGACUCGUCGAAACGACCGGUCAGCGAUAAUAAUAACGGGAGGAAAAUGAUGGAAGAAAUAGAUCGGUUUCAAGUGCCGAGCGCCGUGCAGGAGGCGGAGAUGCAGGCUGAGAUGCAGCCGCUGGACCCGGCUUCUUCCACAGCCUCAGAGGCGGACUCAGACACCAGGGAGGUGGAACCUGUCACUAUCAACUACAAGCCCUCACCUCUGCAGAGGAAAAUAGAGAAACAGAGAGAGCUGGCUAGGAAGGGAUCAUUGAAGAACAGCAACACUGCCGGUAGUCCAGUCAACCAGCAGCCCAAGAAGAACAACAACGUCAUGGCCAGAACACGGUUGGUCGUGCCCAAUAAAGGCUAUUCUUCGUUAGACCAGAGCCCAGACGAGAAGCCCUUGGUGGCCCUUGACACAGACAGUGAUGACGAUUUCGACAUGUCUAGAUACUCAUCGUCGGGAUACUCCUCUGCUGAGCAAAUCAAUCAGGAUCUGAACAUACAGCUGCUGAAAGAUGGCUAUCGCCUUGAUGAGAUCCCGGACGACGAGGACCUGGAUCUGAUCCCGCCCAAAUCGGUCAACCCCACCUGCAUGUGCUGCCAGGCAACCUCCUCCACCACCUGUCAAAUACAGUAACCGCUCCACUCUCACCUUCUGCCUCUGCCCCUUUCCACACAAUAUAACCCCCAAUCUUCAUCUGCUGUGAGUUUACUUUGUCGCCACAGUGGUGACAUUGAAGCAUUGGUAGUGUAUUGUAAUGACAGGUAUGUGCUACGGUGGCAAUGAGAAAUAAUCAAAUUAACAAAUAGUAUUAACAAAGAGUAUUUGGUUUCAAAUCUAGGAGAUGGAACCCAUGUAAAAAAUAUGAAAUAUGUAUUUAAAAUAUGUUUAAAAUAAUUAAGAGUGGUUUCCUCCUAUGGUAGGACGUGCACACGUGCACACGUGUUUGCGAGCUCUUCUUCUGGUGAUGUAACGCACUGAUAUUAGAGGACAUGAAACCGAAGGUCAAUUGAUGCUAUGAAGUGAACUCCAUUUCCCUGAACCAUCAUAAAUGCUCAUUCAACUGCUUACAUUACUGAAAUCUGGGUUGUAUUUUCUAGGUUUCUUUGUUUUUUUUGUUUUUUUUAAACAGCUGGAAGGAUAAGUAUGAUUGUGUGUGUGUGUGUGUGUGUGUGUGUAUGUGUGUGUGUGUGUGGAUAUGGGGGUAUCACAAGUGUGGACUGCGGUGUUUGUUUCUCCAGACAGCCGAUAUCUGAUACCGUAUUCAUUGUACUGCAGAGGGUUGUUAGGUCGCACUAACUAUGUCGCUGCAUCCAUUCACCACACCCUCAAUACUUUGGCUUUCUCUCCGAUACAGACUUUAGGGAUGAAUGUAUGAAAAUUACUGGCUGUGAAAACAGAAUGCAUGAGGAGCACUGGACGGAGCAAUAGAAAGAAAAAUAUACUGAACUGACUUUUGCCACAUUUCUUUUGUGCAGUCACUAGCGUGACUAUAGUUUUGAAUUUGCACUGUUGUCUUUUUUUGGGUCCGUAUCUGUUUACUUUUUCCUGCACAGCAAUGACAGUGUAUUAUGUCGCUAUGAAUUGUGUAUGAAAAAAGGAGAAGGUUAGGAAAUGCAACAACCCUCAAGUGAUGCUCCCUUAAUUGAUAUAACAUCAAGGCCAAAGGGACAGUUAUUCUGCACACAUGGCUGUGUUUACCCCCCCCCCCCCCACACACACACACACUAAAUCUUGAUCGAUGGACCUUCCUUCCUUCUCAUUUCUGUGUUAAAUUAUCAAGCAAGCACAGGUUCAGACAAUAGAAAGAUUUACACUUUCUUAUCUUGCACACAAACACACAUGCAUAUGCAUGCAUACAGACACACUUAACCAACAUAAAUAGUGAGAUACCAUCUUUAAAUCUCUUCUGACCAAUGGGUUGGAAAUAGUUUUGUAAUUGUAAAAUCAAGGAUCCUUGGCUUGAAACACUAAUAUCUUUCCCUUACGACAGAUCCCUCCCUUAAACCAGAUGAUCAUUUGCAUUUAGAUUAUGCCUUAAGAACAGAGAAAUUUAAAAUAUAUGUAUUAUUGCCAUGUUGAUCAUUUAGUUUACUUGAAGAGCGUUUGCGGUCUAUGAAGUUUUGCUUUUUUAAAUUAUUACGUACACAAGAAGUAUACUGUUUUUUUCUUUGGUUUUUGAUUUUUCAAAUGAAUUUCUUGUAAUGUAAACACUUCCAUUACAGUAUUUAACAAUGUUAUUAAGUGCAGUGUAUAAAAACCAAUAAACACAAAGCUAAUGGAGCUGUCUAGUUCUAAUUUA